AAUCAGUUACCCUAAUUAUCUUAAUCAGGGGUUUAAAUUAGAAAGAAAAAAAUAAUAGAGAGAUAUUCUUCAAUUAAUUAAAUAUUUCUGACAAUAUCUCGAAUUACAUUAAAGAAUGACUCCUUCUAAUAAUACCAAAGUAAUUGUAAGCAUAUUGAUGUUGAUGACCCUCGCAGUCGCCUGGACCGGCGGCGUUUCUGCACAAUCAAACUGCAUGACUGCAAUCUUGAGCCUGUCGCCGUGCAUCAGCUACGCCACCGGAAACUCUUCAGUGCGGCCGCCGUCAUCUUCUUGCUGCACCCAGCUCUCCAACAUCGUCCGGUCAACCCCGCAAUGCCUUUGCUCGUUGCUGAAUGGUGGCGCUUCCAGCUUCGGGGUCUACAUUAAUGAGACUCUCGCCGCCCUCAUCCCUGCUGCAUGCAAUCUUCACACUCCUCCUGUCAGCACAUGCACUAAAGGAUCAAAGAGAGUUCCCUCCACAACUGAUUUCGCGUCGGCCGGUAGCGGCGUCCGAGCUCCUUUACAUACUCUGAGCAUCUUCCUCGCCGCCGUAUCAUCGGCUUUAUCUUCUGCCAUAUUCUAAUUAAGCUUCGUUAUGUAGCCGUUUGGGUGCAUGGUUGCUUAGUUAGUUAGUUCACUCCUUUUUAUUUGUAAUUUUUUGUGUGUUACCGGGCCCAUCUAUUGAAAAUAAAUCUACCCGAAUAAAAUUACAUAGUUAAAAUUACCAAAAAUAAAACCCCCGCCAUAUGUAUUUAUACCCUUUAUAGAAGUGUUCCAUCAUCACAUUGUAAAUAUAAUCACAAUUUGGCAUUGUGUAUAGAAUUUCUUAUUGUUUUUUUAUUAUUGUGGGCAGACAUUAUUUGGCACUAUAACAUUGUGUUACUUUCUUCAAUUGUUACUGAUUAUAUCUAAAUGAAUUUGAUUGCAAUUA